AUGCUGCGCGACGUGAUGAUGCCAUGCCGGCGCGUGCCUCCCCGCUUGCCUGCCUGCUUUGGCCCCAAGCCAAAGGGGCCGUCAUGUCUGCAGCCCGUGUCGCUUUCUUUAGACGCCGCGGCCGAGUCUCGGUUGCCAGAGACUUCGUCUGCGACUUUGGCUCUCUUUUCUUCCUUUGCACCCUAUUCUAAUUAUUACUCUGCAUUCCUUGCGGCCUCGCUCGAGUUACACCGCAAUCCUGUGGUUCGUGGUGGCAGUGCCUGCGACGCUUCACGCCUCCGCCGUCUCUUGUCUGCCAUCUCGCGCAUUGUCUCGUCGAGUAAGCAAUGA